CGGCGCGGGCAGCGGAGGCCCGGAGGCAGCGCAGCCCGGACCGGUGGGGCCCUCCCUCCGGGCGGCUGGGGAGCGGAGACGCGGGCGCGGGCCCCAGCGCCGCCUGGCUCUGCCGCGGGUCCCGGCGCAGCCCUCGCCCCGGGAGCCGGCCCGCGCCCGCCAUGGUGGGCCACCUGCAUCUGCAGGGCAUGGAGGACGGCGCCUCGGAGCGCGGCCGCGAGGGCCUGCUGGACAGCCCCGACUCCGGGCUGCCGCCCAGCCCCAGCCCCAGCCCGCCCCCCUGCGCCCCGGAGCCCGGCCCCCCGGGACCCGCCGGCGAGGCCGGAGCGCCCCCACCGCCCUCCCCGCAGCCCCCGGCGCUGGCGCUGCGGCCCCGGCUGCGGCCGGUGCUCUUCGGUGAGGGCAUCGAGGUGAGCCCAGAGCCGGCCCACGAGAUCCGCUGCAACUCGGAGGUCCGCUACGCCUCGGAGCAGCACUUCCGGGACAAGGUGGAGUACGGGCCGGUGCCCACCGUCACGGCCUACAGCGAGACCAUCGUGGCGGCGCCCAACUGCACGUGGCGCAGCUACCGCAGCCAGCUGACCCUGGAGCCGCGGCCGCGCGCGCUGCGCUUCGCCUGCACCGCCAUCAUCUUCCCCAAGCGCGCGCGCCGCUCCUUCCGCACCACCCUGCUCUGCGGCGGCCGCGCGCGCUUCUCCGCCAGCGUGCAGCUGCGGCCGGGCCCCCCGGAGCCCCCCGGGGCCCCCCCGCCGCCCCCCGGGGGCCCCCCGCCGCCCCCCGGGGGCCCCCCGCCGCCCCCCGAGGUCCCCCCGCCGCCCUAG